AUGUCCAAACCCGAAGAUCAUCCUCCCGCCUACGGCGCCGGCGCUGGCCCUCAAGCCCCUCAACAAGCCUACGGUGGUUACCAGUCCACACCUCCUCCCGGCCACGACCCCAACCAGGGCUACUACCCUCCUCCCAACGGACCCGACAUGGGCGGCCAGCCGUACUAUGGCUCUCCCGGUCCCCAGGGCAGCCCCUAUCCCCCACCCGGUGGUCCUGGUGGCUACGGUCCCCCGCCCCCCGGCAUGUACAACAGCCCCCCGCCCGGCCAGAUGUACGGACCUCCUCAGGGCGGUCCCUACCCACCGCAGGGCGGCUACUACCAGGACAACCGUAACAACAACGGCGGUGGCGGCGCCGGUACCGGCAUUCUCGCCGGUCUCGCUGGUGCGCUGGCGUGUUGCUGCUGCUUGGACUGCAUGUUCUAA